AUGAAGCAACUCCACCCUUCUCGCAACCGAGCCCUGUUUGGGACAUUCCUCUUCGAUUGCCGGGUUCCAGGCCAGCAAACAGACCUCAUCGCGACAAGAAAUGCUGUAGCACACUCACCAAGACCUAUCGCCGCCAGCAACAGGCGUAUCGCAUCGCACGUAUAUGUCAUCACGACCCGGAUUAUGGACAGGUUUGGAACAGACGCAGUACAAUACAUACCUAACAGCCAACCAAGAACACACACACACACAUACACAUUUGGCCGGUCCCGAGCAUCGUGGGCGCGCCUCUCUUUGAGACUGUUCGACGGUAUGCGAGGGCAAGAACCCUGAUCUGUAUCUCUCAGCCGCGUCGGUCGGCUAUCAUGCAGCCCUUUUCUUGCUGGAAUCUGUCGAUCUCGACCCUUUUCGAUGCAUCUGCACUGCGCCCGGUUCGGUAGGAAAGCCGAUGCUGCUGCUUCACACACACUCGCCUGUCUUUUUUGGGAGACUGACGCCUUCGGGCAAACAGCCGCGUGAAGCACAGAGGUUCUAUCCAGGUCUGGAUGUCGUUGAUAGGUUCAGCUUUCACCAGGGCCAAAGACCCCACCCACGUAUCCGCCGUUUCGAAUCCUUUUGGAGUGGCCUGGUGGCGCUUUUCUUCCAGGGAAGGCUUCUCGGGACCGAAGUGUAUGCUUGUAUGUGCAGCCGGUCAAGAGCAAGAAAGGGUCUCGUCACUUGCUUGGAGUGGUUUUCAAGAUAUCAUGAUACAGAAACAUUGGGAGCAGCCCCAAACCAUGAUGUCGGAAUAUCAGACCACUGCAGUUGCAGGAAGGCAAUUCUUUUUUAGAACCAACCACAACCGAGACUCAUAC